AAAAUAUUAUUUGUUCUCUUUUUGUCUAGGACUUCUUAGCCAGAGACCUUCAGUUGUUGAGAGUUUCCUCCAAGGAAUCCUUUGAAAACAGGGUGUUGGCGAACAUGGGACACAAACAGCCGUCAAGUUCAGCACGUAUGGAGAGGAGUUACCAGCUAAACCAGGGUCCUGUCCAGCAAAACGCACCCGUGUUGAGGCGUGAGCGUCAGAGACAUUCGGACCAGCCUAGAGCGCAGAGUGCUUCAGGUCUGGCUGCGUCUGUGGGACUCCCUUGCCCUUUCACCUCUCCAGGCACUGCCGCCAGCCUUGACUGGCAUAACGGAGACAUACUGUGUCAGCCCAACCUGGAUUCUAUUGCAUUUCCCGAAACUGGCCCACAAAGUCCGUCCGGAGCACCAGGAAUGGUGCGGCAAAACUCCAGCGACACCAGCACUUCUGAAGACACUCUGAAGGACUUCCCGUGUCCGGUGGCCACUCCGUCACCUCCAAACCCAGAGGUCACGGGGUCACAACUUGAUUCAAGGCUGCAAAUCCUUCCCAAGAGCCCGGUUUCCCCAACAAAGCCUCUUCUCUCUCUUCGGAUCUCAGAAUCUAACCUUCAAGAUGUUCAGAGUAUAGCUGUGUCGCAAGAUGAUGAUGAAGUGUUUUUAGCACCUCCGCCACCAUCUCCUCCUCCACCACCACCGGCACCACUGCCCAUCAGAGAGACGGAGAUUAUGCAGGACUUCCCGCCUCCUCCGCCUCUCACACCCCCAGUCGAGGAGAACGUGGAAGUGUCUUUACAGCAUCCGGGACCAUUACGGCCCAUCAGGUAG